CCCCACUCCCCACUCCCCACUUCACCUGCAGCAAUCCCGCCAUCUGAGCUGACACCUCAUGAUUCGAUCCACCAGAUGCGGGAUCUAACCCGGGUAGCGAGUGCAGCCCUGGCUAAACGUACACUAGCGCCGAGCUUUAUUCUCACGACCAAGAACAAAGAGAAGCCAUCACUUCGCUGCAAAUGGACACUCGGUGGCUCAAACCCUUCCAAUCGUUGUCAUCGGAUUCCUUCCCUUGCAUUAUGUACAUUUCAAAGCAUGCAAUGCAAGCCGAAGUCCGCUGCUCUGCCUUUGCGCCUCUCUUCCCUGCCUUGUAUUUGCCCUCCGUCAGUGUUUGAAUUCAUGCAGCCUGAAGGAGGCCCGUCGUAGUCGCCAAUCGAUUUCUAAAGGCUCUCUGGAUGGUCCGGAACUACAACAGUUAGCAGAUUUUCCCAAAGCAAGGGUGUCAACAUACCGCUAGGAACGAGAUAUCCAUCAUGCAUAACACCAUGCUCAACAAAGGUAUCCAACGAACACGGAUCGUCAAUGUUGGCCGUGUUCCAUGGGUUGACGUGGUGGCUCCUAAGCAGUCUAUCGAAAUCGAUACUACCUUCCGAUGGGUGGUAAAGAUCCGACAUACUUCCAGUCCAUUCAUAGCUCUCGGUGGUUGGACAAGGUAACAUUGAGGCUACAUCAAGUCUGGUCUCAAUCGAAAUGGCUUGUUGAGCCCCAAGAUUCGGACUCUGGAUGUUUCCAGUCGCAAUGAUAGGGGCUGAAGCAAGGAGGCUAUGUUGCGGCUCUCUGUGAGCCACAGAAAAGCACAAUGUCCUUUUCCGUCAAGCUCGAAUGGAGAAUCCGUUGGCUAAGAGCGUGGAGGUCGGGAAAUGUGGUUUGUUUGAAUAUCAGAACCCCUUCGGCGUUCUGCUCGCUGGUCCAAUUGAGAAGCUUGAGGUAUGCUCCAACGCCGAUGAUCCCCAUCCGCGGACAGAUAAUGCCCAGAUACUGGUCCAGCGGUGCUCGUGGUUUUCCAACGGUGUUGCGGAUUUGUGAGUACGCAGCAGCGAUGAUUGUCCACUUUGCUUUGAAUGGAUCGCACUUCCAUAAAGUCGUGAGAUAGAUAGAGGCUUCCUUCUGUUGCAAAUGGGGGAAGAGGUUUUGGUAGAAAGCUGUUCGAAAGUUAGCAAUCAUGCUAGCGAUGAAGAACGAAACACUUACAUCUGAAUGCCAUCCAAGAAUUCAGUGAUUUCUUUGGCAAUACUGGUCGUCGCGCAAUAUGCGGCGUACGAAGUCUGAGUUGCUGAUGAAACAGUUGAGGGGUCUGUUGCUGCCAGCGGAUAGCAGUAGUGGCCUGCCGCUGAUUGAGCAUAGGAUAGUUCAUCAAAUACUCAUCAGGCAGGCUUGCAGAAUUUGAGAGCUGCGCGUGAGGAGGUAGAGCCUUCUUCUCCGGUGAAGUCAUUGCCGUAACGUACAUGUUAAGCGCAGCUGCUGCCAUCAUGACAAUUUGUGGUCGUUGCUUGUUGUUGUUGUUGCUUGAGUUGCGGAGAUUCGAUAUUUUCUUUCCUCUAUUUUUUUGGGUUUCGAUCUGGAAAUCGCAUGAGAUUAGAGGGGUAAGGGUGAAUGCUUUAAGCAAGGCAGAACAAAGGAAUCCCGUUUUCCUCGCGCUAACCUAUUAUGGCGCAAUUAGGCGCUCUGGUAUUCACUGAUUCAUUACCUUCGCGUAGAGCUGCAAUAUACAUGAUUUUAUGAUGAGAUUUCUUAUAGUGAUUAGUUUCUAUUGAUUGUUGAUCACUUGAGCUUUCUGUAAGCCAUAGCAAAUCUGAAAAAUGGACAGUUGUCGGUCCCAAUCUCCAUCCCCGCUCCCUUGUAAUGCAUACAUAACAUUCUCGAGAAGUGCUCCAGUGUAGUUAUCCCGUCAAAAUCAUAACGCUUUCUUUUGCCACUCUUGAAUCCCAGACUAUAUGAGGGAAAUGUGCAGAAUCCAGACCAUGUCAUAUGCCGAAAAGAGUCUCCAGGUGCAGGAAUACCGUCAUCGUGCUGUAUACGUUGUCAGUGGCUACUUACACUUGCUGUGAAAUACAAAUGUGGUCAAAUUUCUUACCUCGAGGGACUGGUCCUGAUUAACGUCCUAUAGAAUUUGUGUCAGCUUAGUUUUCAUGAAUGCCACAUACCCAGUAUUUAAAUGAAACCUACCUCGUCAAAUUGUUCUUGAACUGCAUCAUAUAGAAGCACGAUUUUCCUCAUCAACUUCUCGCCAGCUUUGGGAAUUUUCUGCUGUAUAGCAAUCCAUCCAGGUGCAGGCUGUGCUGAGUUAUCCAGCCAGUUAUUCCAUGGAUGCUUUCCAUGAAGCUUAUCCGGUAGGAAUGCCGGCAUGGCAUAGACUUUUGGAGUUGGUAAGAGUAGAUUGCUGAAUGGCUGAUGCAUAUCAGUGACGGGGCUGUAUGCUUGUUCUUUUACUUCGAGAAGUUUCGUACGAGUUUGCUCAAUCGAUAACAUAGCACCAGAAAGCAGGGCUAUUGUAUCAAGAAACUUGUCCUUGAGCAUUUCCGACGGGAACACACGAUGGUCAUCGCGAAGUCUGCGACAUUGAUCCAUGAUUCUACGAAGUUCUGCCUUAACAGCUGCAGGAUUUAGGUCGUAAGGACAGAUGCUACUUGAGGUUACCCCUGCGCUCUUCAAUAGAAGGCUAUGCGAGUAAUAAACGUUGCGAAUGAAGCGCCGAACCGUAUCUACGAUGUGACCUUCUUUGUUUUUCAACAGCGCGUCGGUCAAAACUGCUUCUCCGUCAGCAAGAAUCACGCAGUAUGUCACAGGCUGCCGACCUUCUUGCCGUUGAAACCGCCGCUCAUCUUUGCAGUCCCCGCUCAAUGGGUUUGUUGAUUGCUCAGUUUCGACGUCGACUUCGCCAAGGAGUGAUUCUUCAAUCAGCUCAGGCAGUUCAUACCAUUCGUCAUUGAGGUCCGUGAUUGUCUGCAUCGCAGACUCGAUUGCGGUUUGGAGAUUCAUGGGUCCAACUUACUUCGGUGGACAUGGGCAGACGACUAACCUCCAGGGAGUUAUCUUGAGAUUCCGCAGAGUUGGUUCGAAGAUAUCACUAGUUUGUGAGAUCCCGUGCUCGGACUUCAUACACUUGAAAGGUGAGUGUACGUGGUGGUGGUGAAUCCUAGGCGAGAAAAUCUUGGUGCUAGCGUCAACACCCAUUAUUUCCCACGAACUCAUUUGCGCAGCAAUUCUUCUUCCCAAAUACACUCCACAACUUUGUUGUUGAGAUAAUCAACCACAGAUACACACUUCCCAACCUCCAUCACAGUUGUCAUCUAUCAGCAAAGCUCUUCACCAUACCUCUUCCCUUGUCCACGUCGCAAUCGCCAUGGCUACGCAGCGUGUCUCGCCCCCUGUGCCUGGCUUUGUGCCCACACUCAGCUUGAAUAAGAAGGAAUUCAAGCUCCUUUGCAGAAGGGACGCUCGCCCUGUUCUCAACCAUGGACAGUAUGGUGUCUUCUCUCACCGCUUGAAGGAGAAGCUUCGCAUUACCAUUCUGAACUAUCCUCAAGGUGGUGAUCACACGGUUACUGGCAAUGUUCACAAGUUCAUCACCUUGCAUGUCUCAGACCUCAAGCUUAACAAGGUUGUCUAUCUAAUGACUGCUACGUCUGUCAUCGCCAUGGUAGACAAUGCUGAGACUCUUGCAAAGCAACUUGCGGAUUCUUUUGGUCGUACCAUGUACAUUCACCGAGGUCCCAAUGACGGUUUGCGCAUCGGUGAGCUCAAAGAUUAUGAAGACUUUUGCAGCAUCGCAGGCUAUACCCUUGUCACUGAGGCUCAUCCCCACCCCUCCUUGAUCCGUAGUGGUCUCUAUUUUGGCGAUGACGAUGGUGAUACCGAUUCUGCUGGCGAAUCUGAUCACAAAGUUGCCGAUACUGCUACUCCCAGCAAUGUCGAUGCCUAUAUCCAUCUGAAGCAAACCGCUGUGGUCUCGAAGGCUCAGGGUAAGAGUCGUCGGGCCAAGAGAAAUGAGAUCCCCAAGCCUCAAAACGCCUGGGUCUUGUUUUUGAACGACAAUUAUCACAUCGUUAAGGCUGAAAAUCCUCACAUGCGGACAACCGAGAUCUCUAAGGUCAUUGCUGGAAUGUGGAAGACUGCUAAGGACACUUCGAUCGGUAUCCGCUAUAGAGACCUUGCCGAACAGGUCAAGACGGAGCACGCCGCAAUGUAUGGUGACUACAAAGUCAAGCCCCGAAAGUCGAGCGAGAUUAAGAGACGCAACCCCAAGAAGACCAAGACUGCCAUCUCCCUUCAAGCUGAUCUCUCCUCUGCUGACAUGUAUGGCUUGGGCAUCGAUACGUCGGAGUUCCGAAACACCAACUUCAGCCUUGGCUUUGAUCACGAGAGCUCUGGACUCUUUGCUGGUCAGGAGCACUUCACUGCCGCCAACCCAGAUGCCCAGUUGGAUACGGUGGUCAACGCUACAGACUUCGGUCAUGCUGAUGGGGCUGCCUCUACUAUGAACAUCCAAGCUAGUUCCGACUUCAACAGUGGACCUAUCUGCAGCACGAACAUGCAUGGUGGUUUCAGCUUCUCCGGUCCGGCUGAUCAGCUAAGUAUCGCCAACAACGGUCAUCCUGGCUACACCAUGGCUGGCGUCAACGAUGGUGUUGUCAGAAAUACAUCGCUCGAGGAUGCUCUUGAAUUUUCAGACCGCUUGGCUGACCCUACCUUCUUGGACAACUUCACGUCGUACCCCAUCGACUUGCCAGGACAGCAUCAAUUCUGGGAGUUCACUUCAAACUUGAACAAUCAUUACAGCCACUACUAA